UUUAUCGUUAAGUCUAUUACAUUAAAAUAAUUAUCAUAAGUUAUUGUCUUCUCUCUUGAUCUUAGCCAUCAAUGAAAGUUAUAUCAAAAGGAUUAAAAUUAACAGCUCGUAAUUUAAGUUCAUCUGCCAGAAGAUCUGUAGUUUACACAAGAGACGGUAAACUAGAGCACGACAGUAACGAACUUAGUUUAAAGCAAAGAUUAAUUCAAAAGGAUUUAAUUCAAUCGCUUGAACACCUCGGUUCAACUCAAAACUCUGGAAACGCAUACAAACCAUGGAAAACUAGACUACCAACUUCGCAACAACCAAUCGAUAAUGUUGUUAAUGCAUUAGCAGCUGCAGGUGCUCACCUUGGACAUGAUCACAGUGGAUGGAACCCUUCAAUGAAACCUUACAUUUAUGGUACUAGACAUGGCCAAUCAAUUAUCGAUUUAGAGCAAACCGCUAUUGCUAUAAGAAGAGCAGCUGCUGUCGUUAAAGGUGUCGUUGAACGCGACGGUAUCGUCCUUUUCGUCGGUGGAAAGACAAAAACAACUAUCGUUAAGAGAGCAACUGAGAGAGCAGCUGAGAGAUUAGAAGGCAAUGGUUUUUGUGUGCCAAACAACUGGCUUCCAGGUACUCUUACAAAUAGAUAUAGACUUUUACCAGGUGGAAAACUAGAGCAACCACCUCCAUUACCAGAUUUAGUCAUCUUCAGCAGUCCGAUGGUCUACCCACAUGCUCUCAGAGAGUGCGCUUUGACUAGAGUGCCAACUAUUGGUUUGAUAGACACAGAUGGUGACCCAAGGGGUGUAACAUACGCUAUACCUGCUAAUGACGACAGUGAGAGAGCUGGUGAACUCAUUAUAAACCUUCUCGCUGAGGCAGGAAGAGAAGGUCUCCUUGUCAGGAAGGAAAUUGAGGAGAGCAGACAGAAGGCACAAAGGAAUAGCAGAAGAAAGCAAAUCAACUAGUUAAUAAAACCCCACUCUGUUGCAUACAUUUAGAUUUA